UUAUUUCUAACCAUUUUCAUUCCCGCCUUACCUUUUUUUCUUCACUCCCCUGCUCUCCGGAGAUUUUUCGCCGAUCCCUCUCUUCUCGAAGGUUCUCGUCUGAUAGCUCCAAUCGUCUUCUCCUCCUCCAGCAAAGCUCUCUAUCUCGCGUGUUUCAGAGUCGAUAACAGAUGAGAAUGGCUAGAAAGAAAACAACUGAGACUUCAACUGAAUCCUCAAAGGAGAUCAAAGCCAGAGGAAAAUUCACCAGAGCCAGCAAGUGUAUGAAAACAACUACUAAGAAAGUCCAUGAGUCUGGAAAGCAUACUAGUAAAACAGAGAAGAAGAAGUCCCCUUCUGAUUCUCCUCCAUCCUUCCAAGUUCAGAGUUGUGUAAAUACCAAACACGGAGCUCAACAAGUAGUACCUAUCCUUGAUCUCCAUUCGGUUCAACGACCUUCUGGAAAAAUGAAGCUGCAGCUCUUUCCUUUGGAUGCUCAUACACGUCAAGGAUUAGAAAAGGAUGGCUUUCACCCAUAUUUAGAACUCACUCUUAGUUCACGGAAGAAGGUUUCUUCAGUGCUUCAACACAUUCACAGUAAAUGGGUCAGCUCACAGAUCGCUCGGGGAGAUCCCACCUUGUACCCAUAUGAUCAAUCCAGACACCCUUCUGGUCCUAAAUGGACACCAAACAGCUGCAUUACGAUGAGGGAUGUCUAUGUGGCUAUUGGAGCUCCAUCCCUGUUCCGCCUAAGGUAUGGAUGGUCAUCUGAGACUUGUGAUAAAACAGAUGAGCCGCCAUCUCCAUCAACUCCUGGUAUCACUUGUUUUCCAAAUAUAGAACCAGAGAACAUCUUCAGUAACAAAAGAGAGAGUGCAAGUUUUACGGGAAAGCAGAUGUUUGAAUACAGCUCUGAACACACUCCACCUGAUGGACAAGUCGAGUCAACAGCGGAGAAGAAGAUAAAUAAUGGAUCUGGACCAACAUUUUUUUCAUGGGAUGAUGAUGGUUUGACAAGCUUAAGUAUUGGCGGCUUACUUUCAGAAGUAUCUUUGAAGGGGAACGAUUCUAAAAAUUCAAAUGCGAACCCAACUCUCUGGGUCGAAAAUCUUACAAACAUAAGCAUUGGAGGUCUGUUUUCCGAGGCAUCUUUACAAGGCAAGCGCGGUAUUAUUAGCGAAGCAUCAUCACGAGGAGAGGGGAGGUUUAGUGACGGUAACAAAACAUGGGAGACUAGGGGAGCUACCUCACAGCAUCCGUUACCUCUAAUCUCUGAUUCAUUAGAUGCAUUCCUCGUGAAUCAAACAACAGGUCAGCCUCGCGCACCACGUCAUGCACCUCCUCCUCCUCCUCCUCCUCCUCCCGAGCUGUCACAUUCGUCUAUACUCGACGCAGAAGACACAUGCCAUGCGUUUUCAUUCCGAAAGCGUACUACAACCUCACCCAAGGUUCUUGAGCAGGUAAGUGAAGAAACUGAGGAGCAGCAACAGAAAGAUGAAUCUAAACCUGCAAAAGGGUUGUUUGGUUCAGGGGUGUUUAAUCAGGACAGCAGCCUUGGAUUUUCAGGAAUCAAGUGGGCUGACUCACGAGGCCCAUUUGAUUUUGGCUUAUCUUUGUCGUCCCGAAAAUUUACAAAUGGAGACAGCGUAAGCUUUGGUGCUGCGGUGAAAGAUCUACGGGAAGUGGAACCUUCAGAAGAGAAAAUAAAGCUUCAAAAGCAUUGAAGCUCAUCACAUUGAUUGAAUCUACAGGAAUGUUUCAUAUGACCUCACUGUGAAGGAGAAGAACGCGAAGGGAGGGAGGGGGAUGUUACAUUCCUAUCCGUCCCUUUCAUGUAAAUUUUGACAUAUAUAUGGAACCACACACAAUUCCUUUUUAUAUAGAACAAAAUGGAAAAUAACAAAAUGUGGUAAAUAUUUGUUAUCUGAAAUUGAAAUCAGAUAGAAAAUUAUCUUUCUGCUU